GUCGAACGGUGGGAAGUGAAGACGAUCUGGGUAGAGAAACGACAAUCGACAAGUCUCGAGAGUUGCUUUGUGUUUCAGUUCAUGUUACCCUAGCAACCAAGUAGCAUCUCUUCUCCUGUUUUCUCUCUUCCCCUCAAUCUGAAGAAGGAACUUCGAUCUUGUUUUCAAGCCUCAACUACAAAGAUCUCUACACAAUCGAAAAAUCCCAGAUAAGUCUUUAUUCCAACUUCAAAUUUUCUGAUGUUACCUUGAAAUUCAAAGGGCAAAUUCUUUCUCAAAUGAAAAUUUUCUAUUGGAUUCAUAACCUAUUGCAAGAUUGGGGGUGUUCAUGGUAAAUGGGUGCCUUCCAAUUUGGGAAAACAAACGCUUCGGCGCUUUCCCAUUUGCCCAUUUUUGCUCUGUUAUUCGAUUACUUGAUUUCCUUAAGUAUUAUGAGUCUUUAGCGAUAAUGGGUAUUAAUCAUGAACUCUUUAUCCCUUGUGAGUUCGCGGAUAGUCUGCAGAUUAUUUACAACUUCUUUUAUUGUGGGUCGAACAAUUUGGAAUCGGAACUUUGGUAGUGAUGAUCGAUUUGAGUUUGUUGUGGAACCCCAUAAGAAGGGGAUGGAGGGAUCAGAGUUUGGUUACUUUGCUGAUGAAAAUUCAGAUUCUAGUGAUAUUGAGAGUGGUAGACCGGAUGUUUUCUCAUUGAGAAGGGGUUUUCUAGAGGAUGCGAAAACUGAUGCUGAAAAAGUUAUUGAGAUUCUCAAACAGGAUGGUCCUGGAUUUGACACAUUUUUGGCUUUGGAUGAACUGCAAUUACAGGUCUCAGGGGUACUUGUUGGGGAAGUUUUGAAGGGAAUUUUGAAAAGUACAAGUGUUCUAAACAAAACUCAAUGUGCUAAAUUGGGGUAUAAGUUUUUCGUAUGGACUGGUAAGGUCGAGAAUUAUAGACACACUGUGAAAUCGUAUCAUUUGAUCAUGAAAAUAUUUGCUGAAUGUGAAGAGUUCAAGGCUAUGUGGAGGUUACUUGAUGAGAUGACUGAGAAAGGGUACCCUGUUACUGCAAGGACAUUUAUGAUAUUGAUAUGUACUUGUGGUGAUGCUGGCUUGGCUAGGAAAGUUGUUGAGAGGUUUAUCAAAUCAAAAACAUUUAAUUUCAGGCCAUUUAAACAUUCUUAUAACGCCAUUCUUCAUGGACUACUUGUUGUAAAACAGUACAAGUUGAUUGAAUGGGUGUAUCACCAAAUGCUGCUUGAUGGUCACAGCCCAGACAUUCUUACAUAUAAUGUGCUAUUGUUUGCAAGGUGCAAAUUGGGGAAAUUGGAUCAGUUUCACAGAUUGCUUGAUGAAAUGGCCAGCAAUGGGUUUUCCCCUGAUUUUCAUACUUAUAACAUUCUUCUUUAUGUUCUUGGCAAAGGAGAUAAACCCCUUGCAGCUCUAAAUCUUUUGAACCACAUGAGGGAAGUGGGCUUUGAUCCGAAUGUUUUUCACUUCACAACGCUUAUAAAUGGACUUAGUAGGGCUGGAAAUUUGGAUGCUUGCAAAUAUUUUUUCGAUGAACUAGUAAACAAUGGCUGCAUUCCUGAUGUUGUUUGCUACACCGUGAUGAUCACAAGCUAUACAGAAGCUGGGGAGCAUGAGAAAGCUAGGGAAUUAUUUGAUGAAAUGAUAAUGAAGGGCCAGCUCCCUAAUGUAUUUACGUAUAAUUCCAUGAUUCGUGGUCUUUGUAUGGUGGGUAAGUUCGAGGAGGCUUACUCUAUGCUCGCUGAAAUGGAAUCCCGAGGUUGCAGACCAAAUUUUCUUGUAUAUAGUACCCUUGUAAGUUAUUUGCGAAAUGCAGGAAGGCUUUCUGAGGCUCACAAAGUUAUAACACACAUGGUCGAGAAAGGGCAAUAUACCCAUUUAGUGGCAAAAAUCAAGGGAUAUAGGAGAUGCUAGAUCAUUAGGGUGAGUCUUUGUAAUUCUGAGAUUAUUCAUUAAUAACCAAAUGAGAAAUUCAAGAGCCAGUUUUUCCAGUCUCCUGAUAUUAAUUAACGUCCAGAUGAUACAAGGAUGUAGCGGCAACGAUUAUUCCACAAUGCAACUUAGUCUCUGUCUUUUUAACUUUGUUAUU